ACCCCUCCAGAGGUGACUCUGUCUGCUUCACUACACACUGUGCAGGAGGGAGAGAAGGUCACUUUCCUGUGCCAGGCCACAGCCCAGCCUCCUGUCACAGGCUACAGGUGGGCAAAAGGGGGCUCCCCGGUGCUCGGGGCCCGCGGGCCCAAGUUGGAGGUCGUGGCAGACGCCUCGUUCCUGACUGAGGCCGUGUCCUGCGAGGUCAGCAACGCCGUGGGUAGCGCCAACCGCAGCACUACGCUGGAUGUGCUGUUUGGGCCGAUUCUGCAGGCAAAGCCAGAGCCCGUGUCCGUGGACGUGGGGGAAGACGCCUCCUUCAACUGUGCCUGGCGCGAGAACCCGCUUCCACGGGUAACCUGGACCCGCCGCGGUGGCGCGCAGGUGCUGGGCUCUGGAGCCACACUGCGCCUUCCGUCGGUGGGACCGGAGGACGCAGGCGACUAUGUGUGCAGGGCUGAGCCUGGGCUCUCGGGCCGGCGGGGGGGCGCCGCGGAGGCUCGGCUGACUGUCCCAACUGUCCCAGUAGUGACCGCCCUGCACUCUGAGCUUGCCUUCCUGAGGGGCCCUGCUCGCCUCCAGUGUCUGGUUUUCGCCUCUCCCGCCCCAGAUGCCGUGGUCUGGUCUUGGGAUGAGGGCUUUCUGGAGGCGGGGUCGCGGGGCGGGUUCCUGGUGGAGACAUUCCCUGCCCCGGAGAGCCGCGGGGGACAGGGUCCGGGCCUGAUCUCUGUACACAUUUCGGGGACUCAGGAAUUUGACUUUAGCAGGAGCUUUAACUGCAGUGCCCGGAACCGGCUGGGAGAAGGAGGUGCCCGGGCCAGCCUGGGCCGUAGAGACCUGCUGCCCACUGUGCGGAUAGUGGCUGGAGUGACCGCUGCCACCACGACUCUCCUUAUGGUCAUCACUGGGGUGGCCCUCUGCUGCUGGUGCCAUGGCAAGGGUUAG